AACCUUAACCAACCUCAUUUAGUUUAGUUAACUUAGUUUGUUGUUCUUUCUUAUCUUGAUUUUUGAAUCUCUUUUCAAUGAAUACAAACCCUUUUUGUAUUCAUUAGUGUAAGAGUGUUGUUUGUAUUCAUUGCUCUUGAUCUUUGAUCAGCUCAGUUCUCGAUCCCAGUUACUGUAGUAACCUAACCUCCAAGCCCCUCAAUCAUUUUUGAAUAUUCCCAAUGAAGAACCUUGUAAUCUUGUAUACAGUGAUAAUAGUUUAGUCAAAACAAAUAUGUCUAGCUUUGUUUUCAUUUCGAUGGACUAACCUACAAUUUAACUGCUGUUUAUUGAUUUAUUUUUGUGUAUUUAUUGUGUAUUAUGCUACACAAUGUAAACAUUUUCAAGAGCAAUAAAUAAAUACAUUUUGAUCUUAGGCCUAGGCCUAUUAAAAUGUUUCAUGCUGAAAACUCGCAGUCAAAUUCUGGUUUUAACAUCCUCUCAGUGAAUUUUGGAUUUCCUUAUUUUCAUGACAACUCGAAAAAUGAAGAAGCAUACAAAAUACCUUUUAUAGAAAUAUACAGUCAUGAAGAACUAUUCUAUGACAAUUUCCUAAAACAGCACAUGCAAUUAAAUAUUCCAUGCAUUAUUAAAAAUGUUUCCUCAGAGUGGGGAUGUAGAUACUAUUGGGUUAAAGAUAACAAACCAAAUUUUCACUACAUUCUUGAGAAAUAUGGUGAUGCACAAGUGCCAGUUGCUGAUUGUAGUGACAAAUAUUACAAUUCUCAAAAGAAGGAAGAACAAGUAUUGAAUACUUUUUUAGAAUAUUGGAAAUCUUAUGUUUGUAAUAAUUAUUCUCCUGAACUGCCUUGCUAUUAUUUAAAAGACUGGCAUUUCAUGAGAGAGUUUCCUGAUGAAAAAAUAUACCAGGUUCCUUCUUUUUUUGCAUCCGACUGGCUAAACGAGUAUUUCUUGCAGAGACAAGAUGUACACGAUGAUUACAGAUUUGUUUACAUGGGCCCAAAAGGAUCUUGGACACCAUUUCACGCAGAUGUAUUUUCGUCCUUCAGUUGGUCUGUGAACAUUUGUGGUAAGAAGCGUUGGGUUCUUUUUCCACCCGGCCAAGAAAAAUGCCUAAUGGAUAACUUUGCAAGUUUAGUAUAUGAUAUUGAUUCUCCUUCAUUGCAAGAUUCGUCAAAAUACAAAGAUUAUCAUAAGUUAUCUCGCAAAUAUGAAAUUAUACAAGAAGCAGGCGAUGCAAUUUUUGUCCCAUCUGGAUGGCAUCAUCAGGUGUGGAAUAUGGAAGACACAAUUUCGAUUAACCACAACUGGGUCAACGGAUGUAAUAUUGACAAAAUGUGGGCUUCCCUACGAGCGAACUUAGACGCUGUAAAGAAAGAAAUUUCCGACUGUCAUGAUAUGGAAGGGUGGGAGCAACAUUGUCAAGUGAUGCUGAACGCUUCCUAUGGACUUGAUUUAAAACAAUUUUGUCAGUUUUUACUAUACAUAGUCAACAUACGAGUUCAACACUUAGAAAAUAAUGAGCAAUUAACACUCUUCAAUGGUUUUACACUGGACUAUUAUCAUAUGAAAUUAGAUAUAUUCCAAGCAAAAAAUAUUCUUGCUAAAAUUCUGUGUGACACAGAUUUUGUAAAAUUGAAGCUUCCUGAAGAGAAUGAAAUCACAAUGGCUAUUGAAAGAAUCGAUAAAAUUUUAGGUGAUUGAUGAGACAAAUUGUCUUGUUACAGAUUUAUUAUUGUAAACGAUUGGCAUACAAAUUCCAUGAAUAAAUAUACCUUAUACAAAUUUAUACCAUAUUAUUUUUAUUCCAACGUUAUAUUCAAAUGCUUUAGAACAAGACAGGCUUGUAACAGUGGCCACAGCACACAGGAGUAAAAUCAGCUGAUUUAGAGAUGAAAUACUAUUAUACUGUGACUGCGUUUAUUGUUUUAAGGUGCUUUACUUCUGUAGUGCA